GAUUAUCAACAUUAUUAGGUUUUCUGUAACACAUGAUGUACAUUUGUAUGUCUUUAAUCUGUCAUUAUGUUCCUAAAGAUCUGACUGCAGGUAUCAGGAAGUCUUGAGGCUUUAACUCAGUCUGUGUCUUUAACCGUCUGUCAUUAUUCAGUCAGUAUGGAGCUCAGUCAACUUCCUCUUGUGCUCUUGCUGAUUUCAAACAUCCACUCUGGACACAUUGAAGAUUUUCCCAAACCAACUCUGACUGUUGAGCCACAGAGUUCAGUGUUCACUGGAGACUCAGUUACUCUGAGAUGUGACAUAUAUGAUGAUGGAGUCACAAGCUGGAGGUACAUCUGGUAUAAAGGAGGUUCAGGAUUUACUUCCAAUGAACAACAGGAACACACAUUCAGUUCUGUUUCUGAGUCUGACGCUGGUGAAUACUCCUGUUAUGGAUCAGAGACUGAAGGAUUACGACGCACAUCACAACGCAGUGAUGAAGUUACACUGACAGUAUCAGAUUUUCCCAAACCACUUCUGACUGUUGAGCCACAGAGUUCAGUGUUCACUGGAGACUCAUUUACUCUGAGAUGUAAGGUGGAUCUGUCACGGGAUGGAUGGGAGUUUCUCUGGAGUAAAAACUCAAACUCUGAAUCUACUGAAGCUGAAACUAAAACAAUCAAUCCUGUGAAAGUCUCUGAUGGAGGAGAGUACAGGUGCAGAGCACGAAGACGAGGAUAUCACACAGAUUACAGUGAACCAGUAACAGUGACAAUACAUGAAAGAUCAAAAGUGUCCAUUAAACCUGAUCAUCAUGUAUUCAGAGGAGAGACAGUCACUCUCAGAUGUGACAUUGAUGCUGAAGGAGUCACUAGCUGGAGGUACAGCUGGUAUAAAGGAGGUUCAACCAGAGUUAUCAGUGAACUACAGGAACUCACAUUCAGGUCUGUUUCUGAGUCUGACGCUGGUAAAUACUCCUGUGAUGGAUCAGAGAGAGGAGGAUCACGCUGGUCACACCGCAGUGAUGAAGUUACACUGACAGUAUCAGAUUUUCUCAAACCAACUCUGACUGUUGAGCCACAGAGUUCAGUGUUCACUGGAGACUCAGUUACUCUCAGAUGUAAGGUCUAUCCGUCACGGGAUGGAUGGGAGUUUCUCUGGAGUAAAAACUCAAACUCUGAAUCUCCUGAAGCUGAAACUAAAACAAUCAAUCCUGUGAAAGUCUCUGAUGGAGGAGAGUACAGGUGCAGAGCACGAAGACGAGGACAUUACACAGAUUACAGUGAACCAGUAACAGUGACAAUACAUGAAAGACCAAAAGCCAAAGUGUCCAUUAAACCUGAUCAUCAUGUAUUCAGAGGAGAGACAGUCACUCUCAGAUGUGACAUUGAUGCUGAAGGAGUCACUAGCUGGAGGUACAACUGGAAUAAAGGAGGUUCAACCAGAGUUUUCAGUGAACUACAGGAACACACAUUGUGGUAUGUGUUCCUGUCUGACGCUGGUAAAUACACCUGUGAUGGAUCAGAGAGAGGAGGAUCACGCAGAUCACAACGCAGUGAUGAAGUUACACUGACAGUAUCAGAUUUUCCCAAACCAACUCUGACUGUUGAGCCACAGAGUUCAGUGUUCACUGGAGACUCAGUUACUCUCAGAUGUAAGGUGGAUCUGUCAUGGGAUGGAUGGGAGUUUCUCUGGAGUAAAAACUCAAACUCUGAAUCUCCUGAAGCUGAAACUAAAACAAUCAAUCCUGUGAAAGUCUCUGAUGGAGGAGAGUACAGGUGCAGAGCACGAAGACGAGGAUAUUACACAGAUUACAGUGAACCAGUAACAGUGACAAUACAUGAAAGACCAAAAGCCAAAGUGUCCAUUAAACCUGAUCAUCAUGUAUUCAGAGGAGAGACAGUCACUAUCAGAUGUGACAUUGAUGCUGAAGGAGUCACUAGCUGGAGGUACAGCUGGUAUAAAGGAGGUUCAUUCAGAGUUAUCAGUGAACUACAGGAACACACAUUCAGUUCUGUUUCUGUGUCUGACGCUGGUAAAUACUCCUGUGAUGGAUCAGAGAGAGGAGGAUCACGCAGAUCACAACGCAGUGAUGAAGUUACACUGACAGUAUCAGAAAGACCAAAAACCAAAGUGUCCAUUAAACCUGAUCAUCAUGUAUUCAGAGGAGAGACAGUCACUCUCAGAUGUGACAUUGAUGCUGAAGGAGUCACUAGCUGGAGGUACAGCUGGUAUAAAGGAGGUUCAACCAGAGUUUUCAGUGAACUACAGGAACUCACAUACAGGUCUGUUUCUGUGUCUGACGCUGGUAAAUACUCCUGUGAUGGAUCAGAGAGAGGAGGAUCACGCUGGUCACACCUCAGUGAUAAAGUUACACUGACAGUAUCAGAUCCUCCCAAACCAACUCUGACUGUUGAGACACAGAGUUCAGUGUUCACUGGAGACUCAGUUACUCUCAGAUGUGAGGUGGAUCUGUCUCGGGAUGGAUGGGAGUUUCUCUGGAGUAAAAACUCAAACUCUGAAUCUCCUGAAGCUGAAACUAAGACAAUCAAACCUGUGAAAGUCUCUGAUGGAGGAGAGUACAGGUGCAGAGCACGAAGACGAGGAUAUCACACAGAUUACAGUGAACCAGUAACAGUGACAAUACAUGAAAGACCAAAAGCCAAAGUGUCCAUUAAACCUGAUCAUCAUGUAUUCAGAGGAGAGACAGUCACUCUCAGAUGUGACAUUGAUGCUGAAGGAGUCACUAGCUGGAGGUACAACUGGUAUAAAGGAGGUUCAUUCAGAGUUAUCAGUGAACUACAGGAACUCACAUUCAGGUCUGUUUCUGUGUCUGACGCUGGUAAAUACUCCUGUGAUGGGACAGAGAGAGGAGGAUCACGCAGAUCACAACGCAGUGAUGAAGUUACACUGACAGUAUCAGAUCCUCCCAAACCAUUUCUGACUGUUGAGCCACAGAGUUCAGUGUUCACUGGAGACUCAGUUACUCUCAGAUGUGACAUAUAUGAUGAAGGAGUCACUAGCUGGAGUUACUACUGGUAUAAAGAAGGUUUAUUCAAGGUUUCCACUGAACUACAGGAACACACAUUCAGGCCUGUUUCUGUGUCUGACGCUGGUAAAUACUCCUGUGAAGGAUCAGAGAGAGGAGGAUCACGCAGAUCACAACUCAGUGAUGAAGUUACACUGACAGUAUCAGAUCCUCCCAAACCAUUUCUGACUGUUGAGCCACAGAGUUCAGUGUUCACUGGAGACUCAGUUACUCUCAGAUGUGACAUAUAUGAUGAUGGAGUCACUAGCUGGAGUUACUACUGGUAUAAAGAAGGUUCAGACUUUACUUCCAAUGAACUACAGGAACACACAUUCAGGCCUGUUUCUAAGCUUGAUGCUGGUAAAUACUCCUGUGAAGGAUCAGAGAGAGGAGGAUCACGACGCAGAUCACAACGCAGUGAUGAAGUUACACUGACAGUAUCAGAUCCUCCCAAACCAUUUCUGACUGUUGAGCCACAGAGUUCAGUGUUCACUGGAGACAAAGUUACUCUCAGAUGUGACAUAUAUGAUGAUGGAGUCACUAGCUGGAGUUACUACUGGUAUAAAGGAGUUUCAGACUUUACUUCCAAUGAACAACAGGAACACACAUUCAGGCCUGUUUCUAAGCUUGAUGCUGGUAAAUACUCCUGUUAUGGAGUGACUGGAGGAUCACGCAGAUCACAACGCAGUGAUGAAGUUACACUGACAGUAUCAGAUCCUCCCAAACCAUUUCUGACUGUUGAGCCACAGAGUUCAGUGUUCACUGGAGACUCAGUUACUCUCAGAUGUGACAUAUAUGAUGAAGGAGUCACUAGCUGGAGUUACUACUGGUAUAAAGGAGGUUCAGACUUUGCUUCCACUGAACUACAGGAACACACAUUCAGGCCUGUUUCUAAGCUUGAUGCUGGUAAAUACUCCUGUGAAGGAUCAGAGAGAGGAGGAUCACGCAGAUCAAAACACAGUAAUAAAGUUACACUGAGAGUAUCAGAUUUUCCCAAACCAACUCUGACUGUUGAGCCACAGAGUUCAGUGUUCACUGGAGACUCAGUUACUCUCAGAUGUAAGGUGGAUCUGUUUCGGGAUGGAUGGGAGUUUCUCUGGAGUAAAAACUCAAACUCUGAAUCUCCUGAAGCUGCAACUAAAACAAUCAAACCUGUGAAAGUCUCUGAUGGAGGAGAGUACAGGUGCAGAGCACGAAGACGAGGACGUUACACAGAUUACAGUGAACCAGUAACAGUGACAAUACAUGAAAGACCAAAAGCCAAAGUGUCCAUUAAACCUGAUCAUCAUGUAUUCAGAGGAGACUCAGUCACUCUCAGAUGUGACAUUGAUGCUGAAGGAGUCACUAGCUGGAGUUACAUCUGGUAUAAAGGAGGUUCAACCAGAGUUUCCACUGAACUACAGGAACUCACAUUCAGGUCUGUUUCUGAGUCUGACGCUGGUAAAUACUCCUGUGAUGGAUCAGAGAGAGGAGGAUCACGCUGGUCACGCCGCAGUGAUGAAGUUACACUGACAGUAUCAGAUUUUCCCAAACCAACUCUGACUGUUGAGCCACAGAGUUCAGUGUUCACUGGAGACUCAGUUACUCUCAGAUGUAAGGUGGAUCCGUCACGGGAUGGAUGGGAGUUUCUCUGGAGUAAAAACUCAAACUCUGAAUCUCCUGAAGCUGAAACUAAGACAAUCAAACCUGUGAAAGUCUCUGAUGGAGGAGAGUACAGGUGCAGAGCACGAAGACGAGGAUAUCACACAGAUUACAGUGAACCAGUAACAGUGACAAUACAUGAAAGACCAAAAGCCAAAGUGUCCAUUAAACCUGAUCAACAUGUAUUCAGAGGAGAGACAGUCACUCUCAGAUGUGACAUUGAUGAUGAAGGAGUCACUAGCUGGAGGUACAUCUGGUAUAAAGGAGGUUCAAGAGUUUUCAGUGAACUACAGGAACACACAUUCAGUUCUGUUUCUGUGUCUGACGCUGGUAAAUACUCCUGUGAUGGAUCAGAGAGAGGAGGAUCACGCUGGUCACGCCGCAGUGAUGAAGUUACACUGACAGUAUCAGAUCCCAGAGCAGUUUUAAGUGUUUCUCCUCAGAAGUGGUUGACUGAAGGAGAUCCAGUGACUCUGAUCUGUGAGGUUAACGGCUCCUCUACAGGCUGGACAUUCAGCUGGUUCACUCAAACUGAAGUCUCAUCAGACGUCAGAGAUCACUAUAAGCUGCUCUCAGACAGCAGCAGAGGAUCUGGAGGAAAAUACACUGUCAGUUCUGCUGCUCUAAACCACACAAGAGUUUAUGUGUGCAGAGCAGAGAGAGAAAAAACAGCCUAUAAAACACCAUACAGCAACACACAACUACUGUGGGUCACUGGUGUUUCUCCUCCAGUGUCUCUGAUCAUCAGUCCCAGCAGAGCUCAACACUUCACAUCUGUCUCUCUCUCUCUGAGCUGUGAGAACAAGAGUAACUCUGAUGGAUGGACAGUCAGAAGAUACACAGACAGUCUUGGGCUGGAAGAUUGUUCAUCAUCAGUGUUUGGAUCACAAACAGGAUCUACAUGUACAAUCAGAUCCACCAUCCCAUCAGACACUGGAGUGUACUGGUGUCAGUCUGAAUCUGGAGAGAAAUCUCAUCCUGUUAAUAUCACUGUACACUCUGGUGUGAUUCUGGAGAGUCCUGUUCAUCCUGUGAAUGAAGGAGAUACUCUGACUCUACACUGUUUAGAUCAAAAUAAAACCAUAUCAAACCUCAGAGCUGAUUUCUAUAAAGAUGGAUCACUCAUCCAGAAUCAAACUACAGAGAUGAUCAUCUCUACUGUCUCAAAGUCACAUGAGGGUUUCUACUACUGCAAACACCCAGAGAGAGGAGAGUCGCCCAAGAGCUGGAUCUCAGUCAGAGCCUCAAGAUCUGAUGGUCUCAAACAAGCUGUGAUAACUGGAGUGACUGCAGGACUGACUGUUGUAUUUUACGUUGUCUUCUUGGUCCUGCUGUGGCGCUACAGAAACAACAAAGGUGGAAGAUGUGAGUCUCCCUCUGCUGUCGGUCAACAGCAGAACGUCAGUCAGACAUCAGAGCAGAACCAGAGUGAAGACGGAUACAAGACACUUCUGUCUGGAACUGCACAUGUUUAUGACUCAGUUGACACAACUGUUAAUAGAGACAGAAGCACGGACAGUGAAAGUGGACCGACUGAGAUCACAUAUGCUGAGAUUGAACUCAAAUCUACAAACAAACAGAAGAAAAAGAAAGAAAAAAAAGUCAAAAACACUGAGAGUUGGGACGGCCUGUACUCUGAACUGAAGCUGGAAACAGGUCAAGGUGCUGGAUCUAGUGAUGUGACGUAUGCUCAGGUGAAAAAAAAAGAUGUCCGGAGUAGAAACUUCAAUCCCAGGAUACUGAUGAGUUUACAGCAGGUUGAGAAGUGAAUGACCAGGAUCAUCAAGGCAAUAGAUUUACCAG